AUGGACGUGGACGAAACAGAUCAGGCCAAAAGCACGAACCAAGCUCAAAACAUGGAACAUGCCAAUGAAUCCUUUUUGACGACUUUGCCCGAGCCUUGGAAGACGAUUGCUUCCGAAGCCAUUCCGCCGUCUGGAGAAUCAUCAUCAUAUUAUUCGACAACCGUAUCAAUACGACUGGAACAAUUGGAAAUGUCGAGUCGAUCGCAUCUACUCCAACUGUUAAUGGAAGACGAGGAUGAUUCGAAAGCAGGCAAAAUUGGAGCUGCUUGGAGGACGGCCUUGGACAUGUGCCAUCACAUGAUUCAUUUUGCCACCCUGCACAAAGAAAAACAACAGAAAGAAUUGAAGGAAAAAGAACAAGAAAGAAAGGAAGAGGAAACGGAAACUAACGCAACAAAGGAAUCACCUUCCUACUCCUCUCCCUAUCUGGAUAUGGAACCACGAAAACUACCGCUGAUAUUGCUGGAAGAUUGCAUUGACGGGCUGACUCUAACGGAAUCUCAAUCACUGUGGAUGGAUCAUAUCGAACCAUCUCUGUCACCCAUCUUAUUGGGCGAAUUGUUUUGGAAGUCCUCCAAAGUGUGCCAUUUGCAGUUUCUCAAGGUUUGCAACCUUCUACUUCAUCGAAUCCAAGGAUCCUCGGCACAUUAUGAAUGGAAGGGAAGUAUACUACUGGUACAGGCAAAAGCUUUUGACAUUGCUGAUCGAUCGGCCAUUAAAGUUUGGGGCAGCUUUCGUGGGAGUACCAGGGAAAUUGACGAGGACAGUGCAGAACAAGACUUUGAAUCCUUUGAUGAAUUUGUAGACAACAUGGAGGAACCACAGGGAGAGAAGGAAUACAGUCUCUACAAGGCAUUCUGGUCUUUGCAAAAGGACUUUUCGAAUCCCAAUAGCAUUCAGAUUGCCGAUUUUAUCAAAAAGAUGAAGGUGGUUUUGGCGGCCAUGGAGUCAGUGUCCCAGAACGACACUCUAGACAAGAGCAACUUGGUCAGUCCCCUUUCCACUUCGGAAGCCUACCUGACAUCAUCCACUCUUUUCUUGUCCCAGCUGGAACAAGCAAACUUUCAAAGUCAAUUCCUAUCCCAAUUCAUCAUUGUGACCAAUCACCUUUCGUCGGAAUCCCCAUCCUUGGGCAAUGCUUUGUCGAAACUCUACCAACGCUCCAAGGAUCUGCUGAAGAAGGCUAGCCCUGAGAUGUAUCAUCUGCUAUGUGACGUAUUAUUGGUCCAUUCCGAAGCUCACUGGCGAAAAUGGAAAAAGGAACAACGCUGUGCGGCCAGUGCCUUUGCCACGCCCAAGCGACUGAUGGAAACGAUUGGCGUGUUGGAAGCUAAUGAAUGGGACGAACACAGCACAAAAGGUGCCCAAAUUGUCAAGGAAGCCAUGAAAGGAAUGCCUCGCAAGUCGGCUGCCAACAAACUAGCGGCGAAGCAAACGAAACAAGCUGAGGAUGACAAGUGGAUUCAACAGUUUGCGCCCGUCUCCAAGGAAGAAGUCAAGGUGGCCUGUGUCAAACUAGGUUCUUUUGAACCAACUCUGGAAGAGCACAUGGAAGAAUUCAUUGAUGCUUUUGACCCGGAUGCUGGCAUUGAAGAAGAGUAUCAUCCCAAGAAUGAUCCCGGAUUCACCUGGAGGGCCAUGCGACUCUUUGCUAAGCAUCAGCUUCCUCUAUUAAAAUUGUGCCAGAAACCCAACCAUUUGGAAACCAUGGCACGACAAUGGUACAAGGACAAAAAUGGCAAAGAUCUUCCUGGAGAGAUGCCAGAUUCCGAGGCUUCAGAGAGUGAAGAAGAAGGAGAUAACAAGAGUGAAACUGGAGACAAUAAGUCAGAAGACGACGAGAAACAAGAAGACGAAAACGAGGAAGAAAGUGAGGAAGAUGCUAGUAAAGAAGAUGACGAGAAUGCGGAUAGCGACAAAGAAAAGAUUACCAAAGAUGAUGAUGUCGAGAUGCAAGACAAGGAUGAUGCAAAGGAAGAAGAAUCAAAUGAUGAUUCUGAGGGCGAAGCUAGCAAGGAUGCACCCAUGGAAGUAGAAAACGACGAAGAGCCACAGAAGGAUGAUCCAGAAGAAGGCCAAGACACCAAGAACCAGGACUUAGCUGAGAAAACCAGUGAAUCAUCAAAAUCGGCCGAAGAUCCAACCAAAACUGAAGGCGACGAGGAAGGCGCUUUGGAUGAAGCCGCGUACAACCAGGCAGCCACGGCAACUGAAUCGACCGAAAUGAAGGAAGCUACCUCCAAGGAUGAACAUGAGGAGAAAAAAGAAAGUGACUCAAAGGAUGUGGCCGACAACACAAAUAUCGCUAAAGGGACCAAAGAAGAGGAAGACGAAACACGUAUGAAAAAGGAAGACGACGAACAUGAGAAAGAGAAAGAUGACAAAAAUGUCAAGAAAGAAGAGGCUGAUAUCGCCACCAAAGUCAGAGACUCCAGUGAAGAGAAAGGAUCGCAAGGGGGGUCAAGGCAGGCCUCUUCCGAGAAGGAAGAAACUGCCAUCGCCGUGGACAACAAUACAAAUAAUUCGAACAAACGAAAGUAUCCUGACAAGAACAACUCUGGGAGAAACAAUGACAUCAAGGACUCGUCGAAGCGACCUCGUGAUGAUGGGCUACCCGGUAGAAGGUCACGCACCACGAGCGAAGAACGUGGUGGUAGGGAUAACAACGAAAGGGGAAGCCGGGAUCGUUCGUUUUCUCGAAAUGACAAUCGCGGCGGCGGUCGACGUGGACGCAGUGAAGAGGGUCCAAGAGGUGGUCGACACGACGAUCGACAUAAUGGUGCUGGCAGUGAUCAUCAUCAUCAUCAUCCACGAAGACGUGACAGUCGCGAUGGGAAGAUCGGAGGGCGUGAUGGUGGACGCGGCGGUGGGGGCCGAUACAAUGACGGAAAGCCAAAGGGAGGUGGUAGACAAGGCGGCGAUCGAUUCAAAAGUGACGGGCCACCACGGGGAGGUAGACAUGGCGGUGGCAGCGGCGACCGCAAAGAAGAAGAGCCUAGAGAUGGAGCCGAGGGCAGACGAGACGAUCGCUUUGAUGGUAACAAUAAUGGAAGGGGAGGUGGAAGACCACGAGACGAUCGCAACGACGAUGGCCCUCGCCGAGGAGGACGCGGAGGGGGAGGAGGUCGUGGCGGUGGACCACGCAACAAUAGUGGUGGAGGUGGAGAAGGUAGACGCUUUGAUCGACGAUCCGAUGAUAGAAGUCGAGGACGUCGUGGUGGUGGUGGAGGCGGUGGUGGUCGAGGGCGAGGAGGAGGAGGACGUCGCUAG